AUGAGUAUUGCCACGUCGGCGAGGCUGUAUCCAUCGCUUUGUGAUCUGGUGGACCAGUGUGCUGAACUGUUGUCUCUACUUGACCAAGGCACAGCGGUUAAAAUGACUGCAGGAUGUCCAACUACGAUUGUAAGCAGAUCAAACGAAGAAAGAACAAGAAUUAUAAAGUUGCAAGUUCCUUUGCGAAGUUUCGCAGACUUCCACAGACAGAUGAUCACCACUGAAUUGAGAAAUAUCCCCGCGAAUGUGAAGAAACCGUUUACAGUGCAUAGUAAUAUCAAAUUGACCAACCUGUACAACUCCAUGUCGUACUUUGACAGCUUUACACACAGUUUACAGCUGAGAAUGGUCGCACGAAGUGUACCUGGCAAGGCAGUCUACCAAAGUGAAACAAUGGCUUCGCCUCUCUCAAUUUAUCCUCUUGUGUAA